CUGAGCGUCCGGGCGGAGCCCACCUGCCAGCGGGUCCACGCCGCCUUCCAAGCCCUCCAGCCGGGCGCCAAGGGGGUGCCCGACAGCCCCGGGCCAGGCUUGGAUCUGCAGGUAUGCCUCCCCAAAAGCAUGACCUGCUGCUCCAGGAAGAUGGAGGAGAAAUACCAAGCGAUGGCCCGUUCCAACAUGGAGCAGCUCCUCCAGUCGGCCAGCAUGGAGCUGAAGUUCCUCAUCAUGCAGAACGCGGCCGUCUUCCAAGAAGCCUUUGAGAUCGUGGUGCGACACGCGAAAAACUACACCACCUCCAUGUUUAGGAACUACUAUCGGAAUAUGGCCACCCGAGCAUUUCUGUUUGUGGGGAACUUUUUUACCGACAUCUCGUCGUACGUCUUGGGCUCGGAUAUCCACGUCAACGACAUGGUCAACGAAUUUUUCGACAGCCUGUUCCUGCUGGUCUACCCGCACUCGGGGAACCUGGGCGGCCCCAGACGUUCAGCGGAGAUGACCGAGUGCCUACGGCUCGCCCGGCGGGACCUGAAGGUCUUCGGCAACUUCCCCAAGGUCAUGAUGACCCAGGUCUCUAAGUCUCUGCAGGCGACGCGGGUCUUCCUGCAGGCCCUCAACCUUGGCAUUGAGGUGGUCAACACCACCGACCACUUGAAGUUCAGCAAAGACUGCGGGCGGGCGCUCUUGAGGAUGUGGUACUGUUCCCAUUGCCAGGACCUGCUGAUGGCCAGGCCAUGCGCGGGAUUCUGCAACGUGGUCUUGCAGGGGUGUUUGGCCGGUGUGGUUGAGAUAGACAGUUACUGGCGGGAGUACCUCCGUUCUCUGGAAGGGUUGACGAAAGGCAUGCGGGGAAUCUACGAUAUGGAGUACGUGCUUCUCAACCUCUUCUCCUCCGUCCGAGAUGCAAUUGCUUACAUGCAGAAGAACGUGGGGAAGUUGGAGCCGACGAUCAGCAAAUUAUGUGGCCAUUCCCAGCAGAGACAGUACCGGUCGGCCUGGUAUCCUGAAGAUAUUAUCCUUGACAGACGGAUCGUACGGGUUGCCCACGUGGAACAGGAGGAGACGUUGUCUAGUCGGCGGAGGGAACUUGUCACGAAACUGAGGGCGCACAGCGGUUUCUACAGCAGUCUGCCAGAGUACAUUUGCAGCCACAGCUCUGCUGUACAGAACAACACCUUUUGCUGGAGUGGCCAGGAAGUGGUGGAAAGGUAUAGCCGGCAGCCGGUCCGGAAUGGAGGAAAAACUCAGGCAGGUAACCAUGAGAUCAAGGUGAAAGGACCGGAACCUGUGAUUAGCCAGAUCAUCGACAAGCUGAAACACAUCAAUCAGCUGUUGAAAGCCAUGUCCAUCCCUCGCCGGAGAAAGCAGGAGAAGGCAGAGGCUGAGGAUGAGGCCGAAAGCGGAGACUGUGACGAUGAAGAUGAUUGUGGGGGUGGAGCGGCUUCUGGAAACGGCGAACUAAGAGUGAAGAAUCAACUGAGGUUCUUGGCAGAACUGGCAUAUGAUCUGGAUAUGGAGGACAUUUCUUCCAACAAGCAGCUUCUGAAUCAACAAAGCAAGGAGGCUCCAGCCGUUCAGACCCUCGGCUCAGGCGGCUGUCGGACCCGGAGCCUUGAUCUCGUGCCUGCUGUCGUCACACUCUUUAUCCUUCUGUUGGGUGAAGGAUGGAGUCUCUCCUUCACCUGUCUCCCCAGCUCGAGCUGGUAACCCUUCGUCUUGUGAAGAUUCCCCGCGGACCACCCGCCCCGCCUGCCACGGAGUGUGGAAGGAGUGGCUAA